AUGGACAAGAUCUUUUUUGAAAAACAAGAGGGAAUGUUAUGUGCCCAGCAUGCACUCAACAUGCUACUCCAACAACCUUUAUUCACAUCUGUUGAUCUUUCGGUAAUUGCUCAUCAACUGGACGAUGAAGAGAAUGCUGUUCUAAAACGGAAACGCGAAAAGAGUCAGAAUAUGAAUGAUAGUGGCUUCUUCUCAGUUCAAGUAAUAGUGAAAGCUUUAUCCGCUUUGGGGCUCGAGUUAAUUUCUAUCGAUCACCCCACUGCUGCAGAGUACAAAGAUUGUCCAACAUCAGCCACUGCGUUCAUCUGUAAUAUGCAAGAGCAUUGGUUCACUUUGAGAAAGUUCGGAGGCCGACAAUGGUUCUCAUUGAAUUCAGUGAAGGCUGGUCCGGAAGUUCUCUCUGAUACUUACUUAUCUAUUUAUAUUUCACAGCUUAGUUUAGAAGGAUAUUCAAUUUUCGUUGUCUAUGGGGAUAUACCAUAUGUGGAAGUCGAUCAUAUUAUUGAGAAGAAUCCAGUGCCUUUGAAGCCAGCUGUUACAGCUCCGAAAAAGUUUGAGCCAAUGAGCGGCAAGGGCCAAAAAUUAGGACGAGAAUCAGGUAUGCCAACAGAUUCCUAA